ACAUUGAACGGUCCUUCACUGCAUCAUGCUCUCUUGCUGCGUGAGUUCAUCGUCUCACUUGAUAUAUCAGAGUAAUUGAUCGCAUUUUAUUUUUCGUUUUUAUUACCAGUGUAUAAAUUAUCAUCAGUAUAUGAUGUGGCUUUGAUGGGGGAACCGUGUGUCCUUCAGCUAUUACAAGUAUAAAGAUUUAUUGAUGAUUUGGUAUCGUGUGAUGUGAAAUAAUAUCUUGCUGGCCUUCAUAAUUUGUCAGUUUGCCAGACAAUAUGAUAGUCUUUUGAUUCAAAGUAUUUUAUCUUGGUGACAAGAUACCCACUGACAGCAGUAGAGAUAGGGAGGGGGCCUAGAGUGACUAGUCACUGGUUAAUUGCUAUUCAGGUAUAUUGAUAAGAGGGAGCUAUAAAGGAGACAAAAAAGGGAUUACUCUGAUAAAUGUUUCACAUCUUUUUGUUUCACACAAGAACUUGUCCCUCUUCCUCCUCCACUUCUUUCCUGUUCUAAUACAUUGCCCUCUGGGGAGUCUCUGCCUUCUCCACACCCUCCACAGGUACAGUGUACUUUUACAGUCUGGGAAAACUGACCGUCAUUCUUUCUCUGAGGCUGAGGGGGGAAACAAGGAGAGAAUCACACAAAUCCCCCAGUGUGGAAGGCUCUGAAUAUCCUGCCACAUCAUGACCAGAUCUGCGCUCCUGAUUCUGGCGGUCCUUGUUGGAUCCUACGCUACAAUUACAGAAGCAGCUGGAGAAAAUAAACUUUCAGCAGAAAGAUCUGAGCAGGCUGACAGGUACAUGCCGAUGCUCUGCUCACCAAUACCUCCUCCCUUGUCUCCAUCCACUUCAGUUCAUGCUCUCCGACCUGCUGAUAUUUCAUCUGUUUACACACUGGGAGUGCCCGCUUCACAGAGGGAUGAAGCAUCCAGAGUUGUCAGAAGACUAACGGAGCUGCUGUCCAUGUUUAAUCCUGAAGUGAUAAACUCAGACCAACAAGUAGACCGAGAUUCACUGCAGACAAGGAGCCUAACAAAGGAAGCUGAGGAGCUGUCUCUCUCUCUGUCACAUCAGGUGACAGACUGGAAGCUGGUGCUGCUCUUCAUCCCUGCAGAUUUCACGUGUGCCUGCUCACCACAUGCCGCUGCAGAUGUCAAAGCCGCACUGCAGGAAGUGGAAGCGUCUCUGCAGAUAUUGCAGAAACGGCUGCAUCGCACUUUAGUUCAUGUUGUGGUCUGGAGCGGAGAUUCUCAGCAGGAUGCGAGCUGUGAGUGUAAGGAAUUCAUAAACCAAGGACUGUACAAAGCAUAUUUCCUGAAAGCACUUCAGGACUCCCUAAGUCAGGUCUUGCAUGAACCGAAGUGGCGCAGCGGAGGUGUAGAAUUCACCGUUGUGCUGCAGUCCACCCCAGCCAUCCUUGAUCCCAGCUCAGAUUCUGUUGACGCAUUGUCUGACCUUAACCGACUAGCUGUUCAGCUAUGGACAAACCUGCUGCAGCCAUCAACAGAGCAGUCCAAAGUCAAUGGCGCCAUCACGAUUCCUUGCCCUACCAAGGAGCACCCUUUCCUGCGGACACAGAUAAAUUCCCCCGCUGAAAGGGAGGAGGAAUCUCAUAGCAAAGCCUCUGCACUAGCAGAUUCUUUGAUGGGCACGGAGAUACCAUGCCUGGACCGUACUCCAUCUCCUGUCGUACCCACCUCAGUUCAUAAGGUCAGACCUGGAGACAUCAAGGUGGUGGCAGCUGUAGGCGACUCUCUGACAGCAGCCAAUGGCGUGGGUGCAAAGGUGGACAACCUUCUUCUAGUGAUGAAUCAGUACAGAGGACUGUCGUGGAGCAUUGGCGGUGAUCAAAACAUAACCACCGUGACCACUCUACCAAACAUCCUGAAGGAAUUUAACCCCAAUGUAACCGGAUUCUCCACGGGAGUCGGUGACCAGAACUCACCUAAAGCUUUUCUCAAUCAGGCUGUUGCAGGAGCAAAGAGCGGGGAUAUGCCGCAACAGGUGCGCAUCCUUGUGGACAAAAUGAAAGCAGACCCGAGAAUCGAUUUUCAGAACGACUGGAAAGUGAUCACCCUGUUCAUUGGCGGCAAUGACAUGUGUGACUUCUGCACAAACACCUUGUUUUUCUCACCCAGAAAUGUGGUCGGUCGUAUCCGUCAAGCUCUGGACAUACUCCACAAAGAGGUUCCUCGGGCUAUUGUCAAUCUGGUUGAGCUGUUAAACAUCGUACCGCUGCGUGAUCUGCACAACGAUAAAACCCUGAAGUGUCCCACCUGGUUUGUGAGUUUGAUUUGCCCCUGCGUACUGAAGCCCACUGAGGGAUCGUCUGAACUCGGCAAGGUCGAAACCUUCAACAGGGGUUAUCAGCGUGCCAUGAGACAACUUAUCGACUCGGGAAUUUAUGACACGCACGACAACUUCACCGUGGUGCUGCAGCCUUUCUUCCGAGAGGUUUUCCUUCCCAGGUUGGAGGAUGGCCGGCCUGACCGCUCGUACUUUUCACCCGACUGUUUCCAUCUCAGCCAGAAGGCUCACACUCUCAUGGCCCGUGCUCUCUGGAACAACAUGUUAGAGCCGGUCGGAGACAAGACUUUUACACAAGACUUCACAAUGGGCAUUGAUUUGAAGUGUCCGACUAUGGCCAACCCAUUCUUUAGGACUGCUGUCAAUAGCGACUACACCUUUCCAGGCCCUCCACCCAGUCCUCCACCAAUUACAAACUGGGGCAGCGACUUUACCUGUGCUAACACGGCUCCGUCCAGCUCCAUCCCCACUUCAGUUCACAGGCUACGGCCGGCAGACAUCAAGGUGGUGGCCGCCCUAGGAGACUCUAUUACGGCUAGCUUUGGUGCUAAGGCAACGAAUCUGAUACAGCUACCAACUGAGUACAGAGGGGUGUCAUGGAGCAUCGGAGGCGAUGAAACACUCGAGACUGUCACAACUUUGCCCAAUAUCCUUAGGAAGUUUAAUCCCAACAUCAAAGGAAUGUCAAAAGGGGAAGGGAAAAGUCAGACUGGCUUCAACGUGGCUGUAUCGGGGGCUAAAGUAGCAGGAAUCCCAGAGCAGGUGCACCACCUGAUUGAAACCAUGAAAAAUGACACCACGGUGGAUUUUCAGAAUGACUGGAAACUUGUGACCCUCUUCAUUGGAGGCAAUGACCUGUGUCAGUACUGCAACGACCGGGCCGCUUUGUCACCGAAGAACUACAGCUAUCAUAUGAUGAGAAGCUUGGACAUCCUGUAUAAAGAGGUUCCCCGGACAAUUGUCAACGUCCUGGGCAUCUUGGAAAUUGAAGGCCUUCGCAGGAUCAAGAGGGACAGUCUUGGGUGCACUGUGCUCCAAGAGAACGUGUGCCCAUGCUUCCUGUUACCAGGAGAGGAUUCCCCAGAGCUGUCUGAAAUAAAACGCAUCAAUCGGGAGCUACAGAUUGAGACUGAGGAGCUGGUGUACGGAGGCCGCUACGACGGCAGAGAGGACUUUGCUGUGGUCCUCCAGCCUUUUUUUAAAAACACAGUUGUUCCUUUGAACCUUGAUGCCAAGCCUGACACCACCUACUUCUCUGAGGACUGUUUCCACUUCAGUGAGCGGGGACAUGCUGACAUGGCUACAGCCCUGUGGAACAACAUGCUGGAGCCAGUGGGUGAAAAACAGACGUACAACAACUUCACAAAUUCCAGGAAUAACAUCAAGUGCCCCACUGAGGAGCAUCCUUACAUCUUCACAAAGGUGAACAGCAACCCAGCAACAGCAACCACAACCACGGCGCCCACGACACACACCACAGAGGCCACGACACACACCACACUGCUGCCUGUCACCCCAGAUUGCUCAGGUCAUGUGGAAGUAUGGCUCACAGCCGUGCUGGCUGUUGUUGGUCUCGUGGUAGGCCUGUUUGUCUCUUGGCUCUUCAUGUACUGCAGAGGCAAGAGUAAGAGAAAGAACAAGGUGAAGAUGCCUAAACAGGACGGCACAAUGUUUUAAAGUGCCACUUGAUGUAUCUUUGCUGUCGAUUAUUGGAAGGAAAAUAGAAGAACAACACGUACCGCAGAGCAAUCACGCCAUUUAAAGAUGAAAGCACAUUGUCAGUGGUGAUAACACGGCCAUCUUUCAUAAUAAGACAUGACAAGCUAUUUUUCAUGACUAAACAAGUUCAUCAUUGCUGGACAAAUUAACAUUUCAAGAUGCACAAAGGGAAAACAAUAAAUAAAUGAGGUGUCCUGUAUUCAAACCUUGUCCAGGUGAAUGCUCUGAUGAUUAUUGUACUACGCAAUAAAUUAUUGAAUGCUCAUGAUUUCGUAUGUCAUCACUGUUGUAUUAAGCAGUAUUGCAUGUUCCAGGGUUGUAGCUGGCCUAACAACUAACUUAAUGAACCGAUAAAAUCACCAGCCAGUUCGAAUCAAACUGCAGGUUUCCUCUGCAAAAACAUAGGCUGCACAUUAACUUAUUGCUGCUCUGUAUAUUUUAUUUGACUCCAAUUAAUUUUUAUUUAAAUGCAGUGCUUUUGACCUUUUUAGAUACCCCAGCACUAGCCUUAAAACUUGAAUGCUCUUAAUUACUCUGGAUCUUACAACAGUGUAUUUAUGUAAAUAUUGUCAUUUUGCACAAUCAUGCAAACAAGAGUCAAUGUAAUUAGGCAUCAAUUUCCUCUAUCUUGUCUUUUAUUUGUUAUUGUUUUUUUUUUUUCUAUGUGAAAGUGUAAUUAGGAAUAAAUAAUUUGAAUAUCA